CACCAAGACAUCCGAAUUAGCGACCCACUCGUUCUCCAUCACAUCACCCUAAUUUAAUGCUCAACGGGGCAUUUAUUUCAGCCUCGUGUGUCUUGUGUUAGUUUAUUGUCUGUCUCUGGAAUGUCUGCUCCACGGGGCAAUGACCGUAUUUUACCGGCGCGGUGCCGGGUUCCUGGUGUCUAGGGCCCGGCCCGGCCGGACGCAACUGGCCAUCACAUUUGCUUGAUGACUGACCGCUGUUCUGAGCACUGGACAAGACAGAGCCACUGGCCUUUCUGCCAGGGGCGUUGCUUGCUCAGGCCACGCCCAUGGACCCGCCCCCAGAUCUAACCCGCUCCUCCAGCUCCUCUCCCAGGAGUCAGCCAAGGCCUGUGUGGUGCUUUUCCCUCUAGUUUCCCUCGCUCUUUCUGCAGCUGUAGCGAAAACCCGGAGCGGCGGAUCUCAGAGUGGGCGGAGCGGCGCCGCCCCUCGCGGCACCUCCCCGACAGCCCUCGGCGCCGCGCUGGGCAUGCUCAGUCGGCAGGGCCGAUUCAGCUCUUGGAGUAGGAAGCUUGGGCUCUCCGGCUGAAAGGAGCCGCGGCGGGGGGAAAAUGGACCCCUUCACGGAUGAUCGGCUUCAGCUCCCCAGGAAUAUGAUUGAAAACAGCAUGUUUGAGGAAGAACCAGAUGUGGUGGAUUUAGCCAAAGAACCUUGUUUACAUCCUCUAGAGCCUGAUGAGGUGGAAUAUGAGCCCCGGGGUUCACGACUGCUGGUGCGGGGUCUUGGUGAGCAUGAGAUGGAUGAGGACGAAGAGGAUUAUGAGUCGUCCGCAAAGCUGCUGGGCAUGUCCUUCAUGAACAGGAGCUCGGGCCUUCGAAACAGUGCAGCCGGCUACAGGCAGAGCUCAGAUGGGACUUGUUCAGUACCGUCUGCGAGGACCAUGGUGGUCUGUGCUUUUGUCAUUGUGGUUGCUGUUUCUGUAAUCAUGGUGAUUUAUCUACUGCCCAGAUGUACCUUUACCAAAGAAGGCUGCCAUAAAAAAAACCAAUCAAUGGGAUUAAUUCAGCCAAUUGCAACUAAUGGGAAGUUGUUUCCAUGGGCACAAAUCAGGCUUCCCACUACCAUUAUGCCAGUACGCUAUGAACUUAACCUACACCCAAACCUAACCUCGAUGACCUUCAGGGGCUCUGUGACGAUUUCACUUCAGGCUCUUCAGGCCACAUGGAACAUAGUUCUUCACAGCACAGGCCAUAAUAUUUCAAGAGUGACCUUUAUGUCAGCAGUUUCAAGCCAAGAAAAACAAGUUGAUGUCCUGGAAUAUCCAUUUCAUGAACAAAUCGCCAUUGUUGCCCCCGAGGCCCUUCUUGAAGGGCACAAUUAUACCCUGAAGAUAGAGUAUUCGGCAAAUAUAUCUAGUUCUUACUAUGGGUUUUAUGGCAUCUCCUACACAGAUGAAAGUAAUGAGAAAAAGUACUUUGCAGCAACUCAGUUUGAACCCUUGGCAGCAAGAUCUGCUUUUCCUUGUUUUGAUGAACCAGCAUUUAAAGCCACAUUUAUCAUCAGGAUCAUAAGAGAUGAGCAAUACACUGCUUUAUCAAAUAUGCCUAAGAAGUCAUCAGUCAUUGUGGAAGAUGGACUUGUUCAGGAUGAGUUUUCUGAGAGUGUGAAGAUGAGCACUUACCUGGUUGCUUUCAUUGUGGGGGAGUUGAAGAAUCUGAGUCAGGACAUAAAUGGAACCCUGGUUUCUAUAUAUGCUGUCCCAGAAAAGAUUGGUCAAGUUCACCAUGCCUUGGAAACAACUGUGAAGCUUCUUGAGUUUUAUCAAAACUACUUUGAAAUGCAAUACCCACUAAAGAAACUGGAUUUGGUGGCUAUUCCUGACUUCGAAGCAGGAGCAAUGGAAAAUUGGGGUUUGCUCACCUUCCGAGAAGAGACACUUCUGUAUGAUAAUAAUACUUCUUCAGUGGUGGAUAAAAAACUGGUUACUAAAAUCAUCGCUCAUGAGCUGGCCCAUCAGUGGUUUGGUAAUCUGGUAACAAUGCAGUGGUGGAACGAUGUAUGGCUAAAUGAAGGUUUUGCUACUUUCAUGGAGUAUUUCUCUUUGGAAAAAAUAUUUGGAGAGCUCUCCAGUUAUGAAGAUUUCUUAGAUGCUCGAUUUAAAACCCUGAAGAAAGAUUCCUUGAGUUCAUCUCAUCCAAUAUCAUCAUUAUCUGUUCAGUCUUCAGAACAGAUUGAAGAAAUGUUUGAUUCUCUUUCCUAUUUUAAGGGAGCUUCUCUGUUGUUGAUGCUGAAAACUUACCUUAGUGAAGAUGUAUUUCAACAUGCUAUUGUUCUUUACCUGCAUAAUCAUAGCUAUGCAUCCAUUCACAGUGAUGAUCUGUGGGAUAGUUUUAAUGAGGUCUCAAACAAAACACUAGACAUAAGGAAAAUGAUGAAAACCUGGACCCUGCAGAAAGGAUUUCCUUUAGUGACUGUUCAAAGAAAAGGAAAGGAACUUCUGGUGCAACAAGAAAGAUUUUCUUUAAAUAUGAAGCCUGAAAUUCAGCCUUCAAAUGCAAGCUCUCUGUGGCAUAUUCCACUAUCCUAUGUCACUGAUGAAGGAAAUUAUUCAAAGUAUCGAUCAGUAUCAUUACUGGACAAGAAAUCAGUUGUCAUCAAUCUCACAGAAGAAGUGAAGUGGAUCAAGGUCAAUACAGACAUGACUGGCUAUUAUAUUGUACAUUAUGCAGACAACAACUGGGAAGCACUGAUCAAACAGUUGAAAAUAAAUCCUUAUGUCCUGAGUGACAAAGAUCGAGCCAGCCUCAUCAACAACAUCUUUGAACUUGCAGGCCUAGGCAAGGUGCCUCUUCAGAGAGCUUUUGAUUUGCUUGAUUAUCUUAGAAAUGAGACCCAUACUGCACCCAUCACUGAAGCCCUGUUCCAGACGGAACUCAUCUAUAACCUUGAAGAACUGGGGCACAUGGAUCUGGCCUCAAGACUGGUGACCAAGGUAUUUAAAUUGCUUCAAAGACAAAUCCAACAGCAGACGUGGACUGAUGAGGGCAGCCCAUCUGUUCGGGAACUGCGAUCAGCCUUGCUAGACUUUGCUUGCACCCACAGCCUGGAGAACUGCAGCACUGCCGCCAUGAAGCUGUUUAACGACUGGGUGGCAUCCAAUGGAACUCAGAGCCUACCCACUGAUGUCAUGACGACUGUGUUCAAGGUUGGAGCGAAAACUGAGAGAGGCUGGUCAUUCCUCUUAGGCAAAUAUUCCUCUCUAGGCUCUGAAGCACAGAAGAAUAAAAUACUUGAAGCUCUUGCCAGCUCAGAGGAUGUACGGAAACUUUACUGGUUAAUGAAAAGUAGCCUCGAUGGAGAUACCAUCCGAACACAAAAGCUGUCGUUUAUCAUUAGAACAGUGGGCCGGCAUUUUCCUGGACACUUACUGGCAUGGGAUUUUGUCAAAGAGAACUGGAGUAAGCUUGUACAGAAGUUCCAUCUGGGGUCCUAUACCAUACAAAGUAUUGUUGCUGGAUCAACUCACCUGUUUUCAACAAAGGCACAUUUAUCUGAGGUCCGGGCAUUCUUUGAAAAUCAGUCAGAGGCAACCUUUCGACUUCGUUGUGUCCAGGAGGCUUUGGAAGUCAUUCAGCUGAACAUCCAGUGGGUGGAAAAGAACCUUAAAACUCUGACGUUUUGGCUGUAGCAUGCAUACCUGCACCUCAUUCGGUCACCCAUUCAGACAGCUUGUUAACUUGGGCUCUGCUGCUUUUGUAAAAGCCAAGGUGAAACCAGGAUCGCUGCUGAGUUGUUUGCACUCUUAGGAGUUAUAGUUUGCUCAGGGCCCGUCUGUAUUUUUCAUCUGUCUUUUCUAAAAUGUCUUUGGGCAGUGUGUAGUUAUUUAUUACCAAGUUAUAUUCACCUACAUGCCAACCAUCUACAAAAACAAUGGGUAAUUUUCUACUUUGAAGAUAUUCAAAUGGAGAAAAAAUAUCUGUUCUGGAAUUCUGUUCUAUCUCUCAGUAUCUGGAAAGUGCUGACACCGUGAAAUAAGGAAAGAGCUACCAUAGGAGCCACCAUCUUUGCAGGCUGCUGGUUUAUUAGCCACUUGUUGCUUCUUGUUGAGAGAUGUUAUUUGAAUGUGAUUCAAAGUUAGCUUCAAAAAGUAUGGUAAUGAAGUCGACGAAGCAUGCAACUCUACAGAACUGACCUCAAGUGUGCAGAUCUACUUUGACUGGCGGUUUUGAAUAAUCCUUUAUUUUCUGGAAGAAGUUUAUAACUAUUAUAUUUUUUUUCUGAAGAAUAGCCAGGUGCUACAGAAUUUUUAAUUUUUUGUUGUAUUGUAAACCUAAAUAACAAGGCCAAAAGAUUAAAUUUUCCAAAUAUUUAACACUUCCUUUUUCAUCUUUCAGGAGAAUAUUUCAAACCGAGUUAACAUUAAUUACAAUUAUUUUACUUAUGAAUUCCAGUAUUCUCCAAACCUCUGUACACCUUUAUCACUCCCUGCCAUUAGAUACACCUUAUGUUAUAAAUAAGUAUUUCUACAUUUAUGGCAAGCAUUUUUUUAAUACUGGUGUCUCUUAUCCUGACUUUAUUACUAAGAAUACAAUUUGUUUAAGUUGCUUUUUGGCAUAAUCAUAGACACUUUCUCUGAAUCAUACCCGUUGGGUGGACUUUCAUUUUAUAUGAUAGAGUUGCAUAUCAGAAGCAUAUUUUAAAAUAGGGCCUUUGAGAAAUUGAACAUUUUUAUUUAAAGUUCACCACAGUACCUUAAAGGAAUAAAGAGAAUGGGGGUAGGAGUAACUUGAUUUAGGUUUAAUAUGGUGGGCUUUGAAUUUUUUCUACUGUCAGAACCAGUACUUUUCUUGAGUUGAAAAAUCAAGGUUUUCUUUUGUAAUGGCCAAACUAACAGAUUAUAAGGAAUCGCCAUGGAAGGAAAGAAAGAAGGAAAGAAGAAAGAGAGAGGAAAGUAUCCAAAACUGUAUGGCAAUCUUACUCCUUCUAAAGGAGGAAUACUGUACUUGAAUUUUUUGAGCUAUGCAGACUUAUACCUAGAUUGUUGUGUUUCUGUGAUUCUUAGGAGAAAAGUUUUCUUCGUAAUAAUUCUUGUACUUUAUAUUUUGCUUGAAAACAUCUACAUAUAUAAAGAGGAUAUUUACCCAUUU